AUACUUUUAUCAAAAAAUGACUCGCAUAAAAUAAUCACAGGCUGCUCGGUAGAUAAUAUUUCACAAAGCUUCAAAGCAGAAUCAAUUCUGCUCAUUUUGUCUAAUUCUAACAUCUUAGGCAGGUUCGCAAAGUCUAGUCACUCUAAGCCUAAAGAGCUGGUACAAUACUUUAAUAAAUUGAUUAUUGAAAUUAAUGAUCUUCAAUUAAAUGGUUUGAAAAUAGACGAUAAUUUAUUUUCGGUUAAAAUAAAUAGUAUCGUUUGCGACACCCCAGCUAGAAGCUUCAUAAAAGGUGUAAAGCAUAAUGGAGGCUUCCAUGCUUGUGAACGUUGUACUGUUGUUGGUAAAAAAAUUGAUGGAACUACUGUUUAUGGAUUUGAUGAUGCUUUUUUGAGAACUGAUGAAUCAUUUCGUGCGUAUGAUGACCCAGAACAUCACAGAAAAAUUACACCUCUAAUUACUAUUAAACCUCCGAUAGACAUGGUUAGAUCUAUAGUAUUAGAUCCGAUGCAUCUUUUAGAUAAUGGAGUAACCAGUAAACUUCUAAAUUAUUGGUAUAAUGGUGAAAAAAAAAUUAAAAUAAGUAAAACUAACUGGGAAUACUUUCAAAAAGAUUGGAAGAUU